UUCAAUCGUAACCACCCAACUAUUUUUCAUUUAAAUUCUUUUUUCCAAACUCAUUAUUUUUUUCAAAUUCUCAAAUAAAGCUAGCAUGAAUAUUGAUUCUUCCAAAAGAAUAUUUUUGAAGAUCCCACAUUAGUAAAUGUCUCCUUCCUUCUUCAAAUCUUCAAUUCUUUGAACUCAAAAACAAACUGGUGAAGAUUUCUCCCUUCUUCCCCAAUUGAAUCAUGUAUCAAAGAACCAAAGCGAUUAACCACAAUCUAUUGUGCCGUUAUCUUUACACUAAAAACAAAGCAAAAACCUUAUUCCACACUCACUCACAUCAUCAACCUCAAAACCAAACACCAACAUCAAACCUUCGCAAUCGCAAAAACAUUCCUUUCAUAACCGAAAUCAAACAUGUUCAAACCUCAGAAGAAGCUUUGUCUCUCUUUCACCAUUACAAUCAACUUGGUUACAAACACUAUUACCCUUCCUACGCUGCAUUGCUCUAUAAACUUGCUCGUUCUAGAAGCUUCCAAGCCGUUGAAACCAUACUCCAACGCAUGAAAGAUAACGAUAUUCAAUGUAAUGAGACUCUCUUCAUUGCUCUGUUUCAACACUAUGGUCCGGUGAAAGCCAUUGAACUCUUUCGCUCGAUGAAUGAGUUCAACUGUGUGAGGACAUUGCAGUCGUUUAAUUCGCUUCUUAAUCUUCUCGUUGAUAAUUGUAUGUUUUCUGAGGCUAAUGAUGCGUUUGAUCGGUCCUAUGAAAUGGGGUUUCGUCCGAAUACUGUUACGUUUAAUAUUAUGAUAAAGGGUUGGUUGGUGAAAGGUGAAUGGGAGAAAGCAUGUGAGGUGUUUGAUGAAAUGCUUCAGAAGAAAGUGCAACCCAGUGUUGUUACUUAUAAUAGUUUUAUUGGGUUUUUGUCGAGAAAGGGGGAUCUGGAUAAAGCUAUGGCUUUGGUUGAGGAUAUGAGACAGAAAGGUAAACGUGCGAAUGGGGUAACGUACGCGCUUUUGAUGGAAGGUUUGUGUUCUUCGGGAAAGUAUGAGGAAGCUAAGAAGCUGAUGUUUGAUAUGGCGUAUCGAGGAUGUAAGCCUCAGGUUGUAAAUUUUUCUGUUUUGAUGAAUGAUCUUGGUAAGAGAGGAAAGAUUAAUGAGGCGAUGGUUUUGCUUCGAGAGAUGAGAAAGAGGAGGCUUAAGCCGGAUGUUGUGACGUACAACGUAUUUGUAAAUUAUCUUUGCAAGGAAGGGAAGACGGAGGAAGCUUACAGAGUGUUAACUGAGAUGCAGAUCGGCGGUUGUCAUCCAAAUGCAGCUACAUACAGGAUGAUGCUUGAUGGUUUGUGUCGGAACGGAGAUUUUGAGGUAGGGCUGAAUGUUUUGAAUGCGAUGUUGGUGAGUAGGCAUUGCCCGCGAUCUGAUACGUUUAACUGUUUGGUUGUUGGGCUGUUGAAGUCCGGGAAUAUCGAAGGUGGAUGCUUUGUUUUGGAAGAGAUGGAGAAGAGGAAGGUAGAAUUUGAUUUGGAGAGCUGGGAAACUGUGAUAAAGUAUGCUUGCAGCGAGGAUGAUAAAGGACUCAGCGGAAACACGGGAAACGUCUUCAAUAACAAUAACAACAACAACGGGAACAACAAUUUUCCGGUGACGAAUAUGAAUCAGAUACCACAGGGAAUGACGGUGCAGGAGUUGAUGUUUGGAACAAUGACAGUGUUUGAUGAUGAAUUAACAGAAGGGGAAGAGUUGGGAUCAGGAUUAGUAGGGAAAGCACAAGGAUUCUAUAUAGCAAGUUCAGUGGAAGGAACAAGUCAAGUAAUGGCUUUUACAGCAAAGUUUGAAGAGAAUGGUUAUGAAGAUAGUCUCAGCUUCUUUGGGGUACACAGAACAACUCAAGUUUCACAAUCACAACUGGCAAUCAUUGGAGGAACAGGAAAGUAUGUGAAUGCUAAUGGAAUUGCAAUUAUUAAGACAUUUCCAGUUACAAACAGUCAACAACACAACACUGAUGGGCUUGAAACUCUCUUGCACCUUACUGCAUAUCUUUCCUAUUAAAAUGUCUUUAAAGUUAUGUGUCAUGCAUCAAUGAACUUUAAGUAUGUUUUCAGCUUGCAAAACUAUUGUAAAAUAUUGGUGUUUUGUAAUGAAUCUCAAUCAGUGAUUGUAUUGUACUUUUGAACAGAAAAAAAAAAUCUAUAUUAUGCAUGAAUUUGAUUUUACUA